UUGGUUACAUCAUUUAGGUUUUGUAGACAUCAUAAUUUUGCUAGAAAAACAUUGUGAAAAAGUUUGUUUGAAAAGGCAAUAUUAAUAAAAUACUUUGUAUUUUAUAUAAGAUUAUCUGAGGCAGUCCGGCUCGUGUUAACUGUAGUGAAUGAGCGAAAGACGCGCCUAAAAUGUCCGAAAACAAUCAGCCACUUAUUAAAUGAUUAUCCACACAACUUGGCUUACACACCAUUGCGCACCUUUCAUAAAAAUAUACAAGACACCUUCAGUUUUUCGACUCAAAUAAUAUUGAAGUCUUUCAGUUUUAGAAAAACUGUUUGGUGUUGAUAAAUUUAUAACAAUAUAUUUCAAAAGACUUUGAUUUCAUUGUUUUGCCAGACUUUUGCGAAUAAAACGAGAUAUUUUAUUUCGAUAGAUAUUUUGUUUUCCCGGUCGUACCUUUGUUACACCUACUUGUUUACGUAUGUACAUAUAUACCAAAUAUAACGGCUUGUAAAGUUUUUAAACGUAGAAGGAUAUCAUAGCGUAAUUGCAUUGUUUAUAUUAAGAACGUUUUAUUUUCGUAAUAAUGGCGGCAUAUUUGAAUCGCACUAUAUCGAUGGUGACUGGAAAUGGCGCCAACGCUAAUGCAAACGCCGGCGCAACCACUUCGAACUAUAAUCCGAAUGCUCUGAUGGUUGAAAAUCGUACCAUGCAAAAUGACAAAUCACCGUUACAGGUCUUCGUAAGAGCUAAGAAGAAGAUCAAUGACAUAUACGGCGAGAUAGAGGAAUAUGUUGUCGAAACUACACAGUUUAUUAAUGCUCUGCACGCAGAAGCUGAAAUUGUGGACAAGGCGGAACGUGAACUUUUCGAGAGUUAUGUACAUAAAGUGGCCGCGAUACGUGAGGUACUCACAAGGGAUCACAUGAAGGUCGCUUUUUUCGGGCGCACAUCGAAUGGCAAGAGUUCCGUGAUUAAUGCUAUGUUGCGUGAAAAAAUUCUACCCAGUGGCAUCGGUCAUACAACAAACUGUUUUUGCCAAGUUGAAGGCUGUGAUGGCCAGGAAGCUUAUUUGAUGAAGGAAGGUUCGGAUGAAAAACUUAAUGUAGUGAAUAUCAAGCAAUUAGCAAAUGCGCUUUGCCAGGAGAAACUUAGCGAAAGUUCAUUGGUUCGCAUUUUUUGGCCUAGAGAGCGUUGCAGUUUGUUGCGUGACGAUGUCGUCUUCGUGGACUCGCCUGGUGUGGAUGUAUCAGCUAAUUUAGAUGAUUGGAUCGAUAAUCAUUGCAUUAAUGCCGAUGUAUUUGUGCUUGUAUUAAAUGCUGAAUCAACUAUGACACGUGCCGAAAAGCAAUUCUUUCACACUGUCUCGCAAAAGCUGUCGAAACCGAAUAUUUUCAUACUGAACAAUCGUUGGGAUGCAUCCGCUAAUGAACCAGAGUUCCAAGAUUCGGUUAAGUCGCAGCAUACAGAACGUUGCAUUGAUUUUUUGACGAAAGAACUGAAAGUAAGCAAUGAAAAGGAAGCAGCCGAACGCGUAUUCUUCGUAUCAGCACGGGAAACUCUUCAGGCUCGUCUUGAGGAGGCCAAAGGCAAUCCACCACAUUUGGGCGCCAUCGCUGAAGGCUUUCAGGUACGUUACUUCGAGUUCCAAGAUUUCGAGCGCAAAUUCGAAGAAUGCAUCUCGCAAAGCGCCGUCAAAACCAAGUUCGAGCAACACAGCUCGCGUGGCAAAAGUCUGUCCGGUGACAUGUGCUCUAUGCUGGAUAACAUUCAUGAACGUACAACUAUAUUCAGAAAUUUGAAAAUGGAUCAAAAAACCCUACUUACUGACCGUAUACAAGGCACCGAAACGCAAAUGAUGCAAGUGACCAGAGAUAUGAAGUUGAAGAUACACAAUAUGGUAGAAGAGGUGGAGCAAAAGGUGUCAAAGGCGCUCAAUGAGGAAAUUUGGCGUUUGGGUGUACUGAUCGAUGAAUUCAAUAUGCCAUUCCAUCCGGAGCCCUUAGUAUUGAAUAUCUACAAGAAGGAACUCAACUCGCAUGUCGAAUCUGGUUUGGGUUCGAACUUGCGCGCUAGACUCUCCAUGGCAUUAGCAAUGAAUGUAGAGGCAGCACAAAGGGAAAUGACGGAUCGCAUGUAUACUUUGGUGCCGAACGAGAAGGUGGUCGUUCAAACGAAAAUCGCCACCCGCACACAACCCUUUGAAAUGCUAUAUUCACUUAAUUGCCAGAAUUUAUGUGCAGACUUUCAGGAAGAUCUCGAGUUUAAAUUCUCUUGGGGCAUUACAGCGAUGAUUCAACGUUUUACUGGUAAAGUCAGGGAACGCAAUAAGAAGGGACCGGCGCAACUAUUAAAUAGGCCAAGCAGUAUUGGCAAUUUAUCGCCUUCAACACCAGGCACCGACACGCCGUUAUGUCUGAUACCACGCCCGGUUGGCGGCAUUACACAGGAGCAGCUGUCUGUUAUCUCACGCUUCGCAUUGGCGUCUGUGGGCUCCCAGGGCACUGUAGGCGGUCUAAUUGUGGCUGGAAUUAUGCUGAAGACAAUCGGUUGGCGCGUAUUACUCGGUGUUGGUGCGCUUUAUGGUUGCAUAUACUUGUACGAACGCUUGUCGUGGACUAACUCAGCCAAGGAGCGUGCGUUCAAGUCGCAAUAUGUGCGUCACGCCACCAAAAAGCUAAAAAUGAUUGUCGAUCUCACAUCGGCGAAUUGCAGUCAUCAAGUGCAACAGGAAUUGUCUAGCACCUUUGCGCGCCUCUGCCGUUUGGUGGACAAUGCCACAACCGACAUGAAUGACGAACUCAAAAGCCUUGAAUCGCAACUCACUGUUCUUGAGUCUAAUCAGAAGCAGCUGAAAUUGCUGCGCAACAAGGCCAACUAUAUUCAAAACGAACUGGAUAUUUUCGAGAACAACUAUAUUAGGAUAAAUUAGCUAUAAAUUUAAUUGGAAAAAAUAAUGCAUGCGCUCGACAUUUUCAAUUUUUCGCAUGGGUGUGUAGUGAAAUUUAAAGCUAUAAAGCAAAUAAUGUUUGUUUAAGACAAUUUACACAAUUUAUACACUGUUUCAGUAAUUCGUGUCAGUUCGUCGGCGUACAAAUGUACAAUGCUGAUUACCUUUUAGAUAAAUACACUUAUUUUGUUGACCUUUCAUUAA